AAAGAGUAUCAAGCUUAGUGGGGUGGAGGCACGGGGCAAAAUCAUUAGGCCUCAAUCGACUAAGCGACACGGCGAACAUACGUCAAUCACUGUGCAGAAAACAUUCCGGGUCUAGUGUUCUCUUUUCAAGAACCUUUGUUGGGUAUCGCUAGUUGUUGCACUGUGAUCGGUAUUCGUCAGUCUUAUUCUAAACCGGAAAAACUGAACAUGCCGAUGCCCUAAGAAAAAGGCACAUUCUCACAUCAACCUUCUUGGAAAUGUUGUCACUUACUCACUUUGCUCGCUGUAGUUCGGUCCACAAUUCUCAAGUUCACCUUCAUUUGUCAGGUUUGCUGUAUCCAUGAUAAACAGAAAGGUUGCUGAGAGAGGCUAAAUCUGCACUCCUGGCGGCCUCAGCACAAAACAGGUGCACUUCUCUGGUCUGCUCUUGCUAUGCGCCAUCACGGAGUUUCAGUGGUAAUUGCGAGGCGAGAAAUAGAGGUAAUAGUGCGAGGAAGUUGUCUCCGGUGGCGCAGAGAGAUGGGCUCGAGGAAGAGCUUGAGGGUAACGAAAUCGAAGGUCGAGUGAAGCGCCAUGGUGGGCCUUGUCAUGCUCAUGGUGGAAUUCUUAUUCAUAAGAGCAGCCUCAAGAAAGCCACUGAACAGGAUGAGCAUCGACGAAGGACGGAGUGCAGAAAAGUCAAUUGGCCCGAUGCUCAUGGAAAGGACAUUGCGCAUGUGCAUGAAUUCGAGCCGAGUGUUUCAGAAGAUGGAGAAAUUGGAGGGGUUAGGAAUUCCUGUGUUUGUUCAAUUCAAUGAAACAGCACAUGCCAAAGGUACAAAUGUCCAGCUUGCGAGUACCCGAUUUUCUCAAGUACUUUCUGUCCUCGAGUGCUGUCUUCUACUCAAAUUCCCAUCGGUCAAUGGGAAACAUCAUCAGUACAUGGUAGCAUAUGAGAUGAAAAGUCACUCUCAGAACAUAUCUCCUGAUUCGACCCUCCAAGAUAAUUGGAAAUUCGAAUGAAGAAUUAGCGCAGGGUUAUGUCUAUUGAUGCAAGCACUGAUCCAAGUUUAGCGAAGACAACAUAAGCUAUCAAACAUUCCUGGUGGUUGUCUUCGAGCUGUUUGUUCAACUAAUAUAUUUAGCCAAUUCUUUCGGUAUUUGUGUUUAAGUAGAUUCUAUCCCUUGUCUGUGUUAUAGCCAAAAUUGAAACGUAACAGGUAAAACCACAAGACCUUGCAGCUUCAGAUGUGUUCGACAAUGACUGUUACAUCUGCUGUUCCCUCUUUGCUGGUAAAUUCAAACCACAAAUUUGCCCUUGAAGACUUGGCA